CGUGUGGGUGCUCUCUUGUUGGACACAGGGAUGGAAUGGAAGGGUUUUAGCAAUAGCGUGGAAGGUCCGUGUGUGGCGAUCCUGGCUGCGCAGUGGCAGCAUGGCGCAGGCAUUCCUAAAUCAGAAGGAUGCUCACUCUCUCCUCAAACGGUUUCCAAGAGCCAACGGAUUCCUGGAGGAGCUGAGGCAGGACAACAUUGAGCGGGAGUGCCAUGAGGAAAGCUGCAGCUUUGAAGAGGCCAAGGAGGUGUUUGAGAACAAGGAGAAAACGAUGGAGUUCUGGAAGCUGUACACGGUGAGCGGGCACACAGAGUCACGCUCGGAGCGCACGGACACCGUCUACAUGGUGGUGCCCCUGCUGGGCGUCGCCCUCCUCAUCAUCAUCGCGCUCUUCCUCAUCUGGAGGUGCCAGCUGCAGAAGGCCACCCGGCGGCGGCCUGCGUACAGUCAGAACCGCUACCUGGCCAGCCGCAGCUCCCGCAGCCUCCCCCGAAUCCUGGUGCACCGGGACAGCCCCUCCCACUGCGAAACCCCGCACGCCGAGCCCGCCCUGCGGCCGGGGGGGGGCGGGGGGCCGACCGGCGGGGGAGGAGGAGGACCGUCGGCAUCCACCCUGCCAGACCCCCACCCCCCAAACAGCCGCGCCCUCUACGUGCAGGACUCCUCCAUCUCGGUGGCAUCCCGCCUGUCAGGGGCCACCCCGCCCCCCUCCUACGAGGAGGUGACGGGACACCUGGAGAGCAGCAGCGACGAGACCUCGGCACCCUACAGCGACCCCCCGCCCAAAUAUGAGGAGAUCGUCAAGCAAAAGUGAGGGGGGCUGGCGGUGCCCCCCCCCCCCCCACGCUCGGACGAGGGGGGGGGGCAGUGUGUGUGUGUGGCGGACCAGGCUGCAGUGCCGGGGGGGGGGGGGGGGCAGUGUGUGCGUGCGGCGGACCAGGCUGCAGUGCUCGGGCGGCUGCCGCUGGACUCCUGCGCUGUAGAAACGCUGGUUGUCGUGGUUACGCAUGGUAUUAACGCAGUUACAGUGUCGGGAGCACCGCAGUCAUUCCAUAGCUUUCCCGCAGUCCACCACGGAGCGCAUUCCACAGCUCUGACCGGAUUCUGGUCUCCCUUCCUUCAGUGUUGUAAUCUUCCCGAAACGGAUCCUGAAUCCUCAACACUCACCUGCCCACUGCCUCUACCUGUGUCCUACCCCCCCCCCCCCCCCCCCCCAUUGCCCCCCCCCACUACCCACCACACCCUCCCCAGGGCAGCCUGCUUGCUCAGUAGAAAUGCCCAGAAAGAAAGAAAAAACCCAAGUCACAUGAUGGAAGUGAGCCAAAUUUAUUUGGUGACGGUCCAGGAUGGCAAGACCUGUGUGCGCAGAAGAAGCCCUGUUUUAUCUGUGAACUUUUCUUGGGCUUUUUUUCCCCCCUGCCUCCCCAAAAUGAAAUAUGUGAACUGUUGCAUGCUUGGAAACCUAAGGGGGGGGAUUCUCCACACACUCCUGCUUAUGCAUGCAGAGAUGCUGAGCGGCCCGAACAGUGUGAGGCCGCAGCCCAAGCCUUAAACCCACAGGGCCACCGCUGGGGCGGGGCUUAAACCCACAGGGCCACCGCUGGGGCGGGGCUUAAACCCACAGGGCCAUCGCUGGGGCGGGGCUUAAACCCACAGGGCCACCGCUGGGGCGGGGCUUAAACCCACAGGGCCACCGCUGGGGCGGGGCUUAAACCCACAGGGCCAUCGCUGGGGCGGGGUUUAAACCCACAGGGCCACCGCUGGGGCGGGGCUUAAACCCACAGGGCCACCUCUGGGGCGGGGCUUAAACCCACAGGGCCACCUCUGGGGCGGGGCUUAAACCCACAGGGCCACCGCUGAGGCGGGGCUUAAACCCACAGGGCCACCGCUGGGGCGGGGCUUAAACCCACAGGGCCAUCGCUGGGGCGGGGUUUAAACCCACAGGGCCACCGCUGGGGCGGGGCUUAAACCCACAGGGCCACCGCUGAGGCGGGGCUUAAACCCACAGGGCCACUGUUGAGGCAGGGCCAUCCACAUGCAAUGCCUUCUUACCUGAUGUAUAACCAUCCUGAGAAUUAGUAACACGCCAUCUGCCAUGCGUGCACACACACUUGCAGAAAAAGUGCAAACACACAUGCAGAAAACGUGCACACACACAUGCAGAAAACAUGCACACACACACAUGCGGAAAACGUGCACACACAUGUGGGAAAUGUGC